ACGGGAUCGCAGUAGUACGAUUCGAUAGACGAGUCGGGCCUCACGAUUCCUCGCCACAUAAAAACGAUCAGGCACGUACGCAUUGGUGCCGGCUCGAUCGAUCGUCCGUCCGUCCUGGCACUUGGCGAAAGCGCCCACCGAGCUAGGCGCCCUUAAAUUGCUCGUCUGCUCCGUCACUUCUCCCUCUUCCCACGGUCCUCCACAUCCUUCCUUGUUCUUGCUAGCUCUUCUUCUUGUAACACAUAUCAUCGUCAGAAAAAUGCUGCGGGCUUCUCUCUGGCAGCUGGUGGCGCUCGCCGUUGCCGCGGCGGCCGUGGUGCAUGGCUCCGACGCUUACUACCGCGGCGACAACAACCACAGCAGCAGCCUCCACGGGGACUUCGACGCCGUGUGGGGGCAGCGCAAUGCGCGGUUCCGCGACGAGGGAAGGGUGGUGGAGCUGACGCUGGACGAGGAGACCGGGUCCAGGCUGCAGUCGAAAGACCGGUACCUGUUCGGGAGGUUCGAUCUCGACAUCAAGCUCGUCCCAGGCGACUCCGCAGGGACCAUCACUUCCUUCUACAUCUGCACGGGUGGCGCGCGGCACGACGAGGUGGACUUCGAGUUCCUGGGCAACGUGAGCGGCGAGCCGUACCUGCUGCACACCAACGUGUUCAGCGACGGCAAGGGCGAGCGCGAGCAGCAGUUCGUGCUCUGGUUCGACCCCACCGCCGACUUCCACACCUACUCCAUCCUCUGGAACCCUCUCAACAUCAUCCUGUACAUCGACGGGACGCCGAUCAGGGUGUUCAAGAACAACGAGGCGUACGGGGUGCCGUUCCCGGCGCGGCAGCCCGUGCACGUGUUCGCGAGCAUCUGGAACGCGGAGGAGUGGGCGACGCAGGGCGGGCGGGUGAAGACGGACUGGGCUCGGGCGCCGUUCGUGGCGGCCUACCGGCGGUUUAGCGCCGGCAACGCCUGCGUGUGGCGUGGCCGCCGUUGCAGGGGCAGCAACCUGGGAUCACCUUCGUCCUCGUGGAUGACACAGAAGCUGGACUGGUGGAGCUGGAUGACGCUCAACUGGGUGAGGAUGAACUACAUGUCCUACGACUACUGCGCCGACCGCAGGCGCUACCCGCAUGGGUUCCCCACCGAGUGCGUCAUCCCCAUCGGGAGAGUCUGAUCGAUCAUCUCUCUCACGUCGACUAGCUCCUCCCAUUUCUAGUAGUGUAGAGUUGCUCUAGAUCAGUAGUAUGUUGUUUGGCCUCGUGGCAGUGUAAGAAUCACGAUUUUGGUUUUCGGUUAGAUUGUUGGGUGUGUAUGUAUGUUGGGAUAUUUUCGUACUAUGUGAGGUUUCUCCACUCGUUUGCAGGGAUUGGGUUUUUGCUGCCGACGAAAUGUAAAGGACUUUAAAUUUCUUCCGUGGAACACAUGAAUUUUGAGUGAAA